AUGCUUCACCAACAGCCACGAGCAGGCUGUUACACGCCGCCGCGCGAGGCAGACGAACGCAGCCCAUUUGAGACCCCAGACCGCCGUUGCAAGCGCGAUGGUAUAGACGGCACGUCUGAUGCUGAGCCUGCAGAAGGCCCCUUCUCUAAGGCAGAAGUGGCCCGGGUUCUGUCAUCACAUUCUUACCAAACCGAAGACACGGCAUACGAAUUCACAACCACGACCUUCCGGAAGACCUCUCGACUUACCGUAGGCCACCCCAAGCCGGAUGGACCUAUAUUCAGAUGGUUCAGGUCAUGGAAUCACGAACGCAUCACGAAUGAAGCCAAGGCCAUGGAGCUGGUGUCUCGGAACACAACAAUCCCCGUGCCAAGACUGAUUGACCAUGGAGGACACCCAGACGGCCGCCGAUACUUGAUAACAGAGCGCAUCGAGGGAAUCACCCUCUCCGAGAUCCAACGUCGUAGCUGCCUGCAGCCACUGGGACAAAGCCACCCAGGCGACGUGCCCUGUCAGCAAUGUUUCGACCAGGCGCACGCCAACGCCGUCGACUUCAUCAACACAACCGUCCUGCCGCAGCUCGCAAAGCUGACGUCUCAUACCCGAGGUAUCGACGGGUUUGUCAUGCCCCCCCGCUGGCUCAGCCCUGACAUCCAGCCUCCGUGGAGGGGAAUGAAGCAGUGGAAGACUCUCCCCCGAGAGGAGCCCGAGUAUGUCUUCCAGCACGGCGACCUCGGGGCCCACAACGUGAUGGUGAACCCGGAUACUCUCCAGGCCACGGCCCUGAUCGACUGGGAGUAUGCUGGCUUUUACCCCCCCGGGAUGGAGCGAUGGACCGGGACUCUGGAUCGGGACGUGUACGCCAAGCUCGGUCGCGAUCUGGCCCGUCCGAUCGCGGAAUUUCUUGGUGAAGAGUACCUGGAAUACUACGACAAGUGGAGUGACAAGGACGAAUUGCAGGGCCUGAUCGAGUCUGGCCAGCUCCCGCACCCCGACGAAGUCAAACGUGGACUACAGCAAGCGGAGUAA